UUUUUUUGUGCACCACUUCUCGGAGGAAGCCAAAGGAGGUGCCAAGCCGAAGGCAACCUUGAUGUCAGGAUUCUCCCGUGAGCUCAGGGAGGUAGACUGGCAGCUCCAAGCAUGGACCUGCGGGGUCCCAGAGGGCCGGCGGUCAGCCAGGACCUGAAGGGGUUCGGGUCCGGGACUCCAACCGCCGGGAUGCUGGCCAGCAGCGUCAUUUCGGCCGUGCAGCAGCAGGACUACUCGGCCAGCGUUUGGCUCCGCCGGAGGGACAAAUUGGAACAUUCUCAGCAGAAGUGCAUCGUGGUCUUUGCCCUGCUGUGCUGCUUCGCUGUGCUCGUGGCGCUCAUCUUCUCGGCCGUGGACAUUUGGGGCGAGGACGAGGACGGCAUCACCGAGGACAACUGCAGCCGGGACUGCAGAGCCGUCGUGGUGGAGAACAUCCCGGAAGACGUCUCCUUCUCCAACAGCAGCGCGUCCCACCUCCCGCUCUCGGAGGGGCUUCUCGGCCUCCUGGAUCGGGCCGUCCGCGUGGUGGAGAUCGUUUCGCCCGCGUGGCUCCUCAACUCCUCCCAAUACGAGUCCGGCUUCCAGCCCGCGGCCAGACAGGGCGGACUUCUGCUGUCCAGGCUGCAGGCGCUCAAGUCCCAGAAAAUCCAGCUCAAGGUCUCAAGCGGGAUGGUGGACUCGGCGGAGCUCAAGACGCUGGCCGCACACGGCGCCGAGGUGCACUAUGUGAACACGACGGCGCUGACCAAAGGUCGCCUCCACUCGUCCUUCUGGGUGGUGGACAGGAGACACGUCUACGUGGGCAGCGCCGGCAUGGACUGGAGAUCCUUGGCCACGAGGAAGGAGCUGGGUGUGUUGGUGUACAACUGCAGCUGUCUGGCUCUGGACCUCCACAGGGUGUUCAACGUCUACUGGGGGCUCCAGUACAAGGACUUCAUCCCCUCCUUCUGGUCCAAACGCCUCUUUGCCAUCUUCAACAAGGACUCGCCUCUGGAGCUCGCCCUCAACGGCACCAAGGCCCGAGCAUAUGUCUCUACCUCCCCGGAUGUUUUCAUCCCCAAAGACCGAAGCAGUGACUUGGAAGCCAUUUCCUGGGUCAUCAAGGACGCCCGUCAUUUCGUGUACAUCUCCGUCACAGACUACUUGCCCCUGCUCAACAGCGGCGCUUACAGGUACUGGUCUCGUAUCGACGGCUUGCUCCGGGAGGCUCUGAUCCUGAGGAGGGUGCGCGUGCGUCUGCUGAUAAGCUGCUGGGAAAACACCCAUCCGCUGACGUUCAACUUCGUCUGGUCUCUGAGGAGUCUGUGCGUGGAGCAAGCCGACUGCUCGCUGGAAGCCAAGUUCUUCAACCCCAGAGUGCAGAGGGACGGCAGUCUGCGGGGGAUCAACCACAACAGGUUCAUGGUGACGGACAGAGCCAUUUAUUUAGGCAAUCUGGACUGGGUGGGCAACGAGUUCACCCACAACGCGGGUGUCGGCCUGGUCAUCGCUCGGCCCGAGGGCGGCGACGAGGAGAAGAACUCCGCCGUGGUGGAUCAGCUGCGGGCCGCCUUUGAAAGGGACUGGUUUUCCGGCUACGCCCGCUCCCUCCAGCCCAACAAGAUCCCCGUCUGCAGCAAGCGGCAGAUGGACCGAGAGGGCGCGGCCAAAGGCGGCCGGCCGAACGGCGGCCCGCCGCCGCCCGUCGGGACCGCGAGAAACGAGCCCCGAGACGGCAAAGACAAGCGCCGCGACGCGCUCCGGAGGGAGACGGACACGCCGAUGGUCGUUGGAAACCGGAGAGUCACUCGCAUUCAGCGUUUACGGGCGCGGAUCAAAAGGACUGCGCCGGACCGCCCGAAGGAAGCCGGCAAUCCGUCGCCCGGGAGUGGGCGGGGCUCCGGCGGAUGCCUGUAA